AUGAGUUCUGAGGAGUUUGUCGGGUUCGAGCUGGAAGAAGCCACCGGCCAAAAACGGAAGUUUUGGACUGAGGUGGUGAAAGAGGACUUGACGACAUUCGGCGUGUAUAGGCAGUUCAGGCUAGACGUAAGGUUUCGCGGAAUAUGGAAUAACGACGAAUUGAUUUGUUCUGUGCAAGCUCUCGAGAAGGUUGGGCAGAACUGUGUUCAAGGACGGCACACCUCGGCGAAGAUGCGGGUAAUCGCUUUAUGCGAUGACAUCAGCCCGCCGAUUAAGUUAUUAAGUUAA